GGCGCAGAAAAUAAGAAAAAGGGCGCAAAGCGCAACUGCUCCCAACCAAGCGAAGCCAAAAUGUGCGGCUCCGAGGAGUACCUGAAGUGCCGUCUGCACUUUGAGUACAACCUAAUCGAGUCACACGACACGGUAAAAAAGGUCAGGGAGGGUCACGAGUGCACAUUCGUACACACGAAAGGGGGCGAUGAAGAAACUCGCAAAAAGAAGAUAUACCUGUUGGGGUUAAAUUAUGACGAAUGGAUUUUCCUGCGCGGGAAUUUCCGCUUUCGCCUUUUAAAAGGGAUGGCGAAAUUUAACGGGCAGGUAUUAAAGCCAUCGGAGAGAUACACAAAUGUGCGAAUACCUGACUUUUACCCCUUGUUCAAAUUUGUGGUCUUGAAUGGAAGUAACGUUAAAUAUGAGAACAACAGAUUUGUCUUUUUUGCAAAGGAUUCCAAAGGUCCCAGUUGUUGCGGUUGCUGCGGUUGUUGCAGUUGUUGUAGUCUUUGCGGGGGGGAGGAGAAGGGGGAAGAAAAGCCCACUAACCAAGGCGAUGCACCACAAAGGGGAGAAGAAGUGAAGGUAAUCGAUACGGACAUAACGCAAAGCAGAAGCGAUUUAACUGAUUCGAAACAAAAUAGGGAACCCGAUGGGGACUCCAAUACGUGUGCUCACAAAUGUAAAAAAAAUUGGUACCUGAACGAGUGUGGCAAUAAGAUAUUACAAAAUUAUCUGUAUGGAUUGAAUAUUUUAAAAAGGGACAAUGGUAAGCGAAAAGAAUUCUACGAAUACGUGAUGAACGCGGACAGACAUGAUAUUAGCACUCUAGCGAGUGUGCACAUGAUGGAUAUCAUAAGGAGAAAAAAUUGGGGGGAAAAGUACCCUGUCAUUAUUGCCUUUGAGAAAAAGAAAGAUUUUCUUUACCAUUUCGCGAAUAAAAACUGUGGGAAGCAGCUUAACUUGUCUAACUUGGAGCAGAAUAAUAGCCCGUAUAUUGACACCUACCAGGUGUCGUACGUUUUGAGGGAGUUCCUGCGCUACAUACGGAUCGGGAAGAAGUACCUGGUGCGGGACAUGCUGGCGAGGGCAGGUGGUGAGGGGAGCGGCCAUGAUCGCAUCGAGACCAACCGGGAUGGCAGGGGGGACGACUCCCGCGAUGACAAGAGGGGAGACCACCUCAGCUUCCCCCACGAAGGCGAAGAUAAGGUGGUGGAAAACGAAGUGUGCGAACCGCAGGAGGAGGGCGCGAGGGACGAAGCCGCCAACGGAGGUGAACACGGAAGAACGGGAAUGCCCGAAUUGGCCAGAUUGCCCGAAUUGGCCAGAUUGCCCGAAUUGGCCAGAUUGCCCGAAUCGGCCAAAUUGCCCCAAUUGCCCGAAUUAACCAAAUUGCCCAAAUUCGAAUGCUGGGAGUUUUACAAAAGGAACAAAAUAAACAGCAAAAUUCACCAGUUUGAUUACCCAUACUACAAAAGAGAGAGAGACACGAGCAACAUAUUUAGCAUCAUGAUCAUGGGAGACAAGGGAAAGGGAAAGAGUCUCUUGAUCAUGAACUUGGCAAAUAAUUUAUUAAAUUUUCACGAAGAAGUAUAUCUGGUAGACAUUGAUGUGGGACAGCCGAUCAUAGGAAUCAGUGGUUUUCUAUCCAUAUAUAAAAUAAAGCAUCCAUUAAAUAAUUAUAAUUUUUUUGAGAAAAAAGCCAAGUGUGUAAAAAAAAUAUUUUUUGGAGGAUGCUCCAUCGAGGAAAAUGUCUAUUAUUUUAUUGAGUGCCUGGAAUACUUGUACUUUUACUUAUUCCAUAUUUACUUUGAGAAAAAAAAGAACAAUAGAAGAGUAGCCAAUAAAAUGAACGAGUGCUGCUAUCCUGUCGUGAUUAACACCUUCGGAUGGAUCAAAAAUAUUGGGUUGCUCCUUCUGAACUUAAAUAUUUAUCUAAGUAAUUGUAAUUUUAUCGUCCAAAUUGAUUCACUAAAAUGUGAAGAAAAUGUAAAGAGCAAAUUGAGUAGAGAAGAAUUUGUGUCUUACUUGUUUAAUGAUUUUUUGCUGAUCAAGCUAGCCAGACGAAACGAUAUCUAUGCCAUCUUAAAUUUGAAUAAUGAAAAUGUGUCCUUAAUUUCGGAGCCCUAUUCCCUCUUUAACGUUAUCAGUCAGUAUAGUCACCUGAAGGAAGACAAUUUUUUAUUUCACAAAUUUGACAUGUCUUUCGAAAAGGAGAAUAUUAUUCAUAAUGAGUUCUGCCGCAAUAGGUCAGGCAAUAAUUUUAAAGAAAGAGAAUGCGAAGCGCAAGUGAGGGAUGUUAACAAGGUGGAUGUGAAUAUCGGUCUAGGGGGAAGAAGUGACUUGAAGGGGGAUGGCUAUCCAAGGUAUAGUAACAAAGAGGUGGAAGAUAAAGAGAAACAGAAAAGGAUAGAAAAUCAAAGUGGUAUGAAGAACCACGAGAUGAAGUUCGAAAGUGAGGAAAAGUACGACUAUUUAAAAAAAAUGAAGUUUUUUUUUGGCUGGAAUUGUGUGAGGGUAAUUAAUUUUGUAAGCUAUAAAAAUAUUCUAUCACAUGCCAACAUCCAUGAGAUACUACACAGAUCGGAAGACUGUUCCAUCCAAGCGAAAAGAUUAAGGUGGUUUCGGAUUUUUUGUUACUUUUUUUACAAGUUUAAGAAGAUAAUUUUUUAUUCCUACAGCCCCUCGUUUGGCAGCACCUUGAGGGAUCGCUAUCGCCAUUUGGGUGGUUUCUCCGAUGGACAUUCGCAUCGUAACUCGUAUCGCAACUCGUAUCACAGCUUGAGUACGGGCGAAAUGAAGGAGCAACCAACGUUACACCAGCAAGGGGACCCCCGCGGAGAUAAAGCAGCCAUCGUGGAUGAGGGCCUCCAAACUGGAAAGGAACUACCUACAAAUGAUAAACCAUUGGAGGAAGUAUGUCAUGACAAAAUUAAGCACACCGUGAGUGAAUGCGAAGGAGAACAGACCAAAGAGACGACGAAGGAAUGUUCGACCCAGAUUUAUAAAACCCUUCAAAGCAACGGACCACUGUUCAACUGUGCCAUUUUUAAUUUGAAGAAUGUUAAGCUGAGCAGCUUAGUUUUUAAUAGGUACUACUUUAACUUGCUUCCCCAUGGGUACUUCAACGCCAGCAGGUUCUUCUUUAACAAUGUCGUAUGCCUUUGUACGGAUGUGAAUGUGACGAGCAGUGCAUUCCGAAAUAAACGUAAGAGGGGGGGAAAUCAUGAGGAGUUAGUAGGGCACUACCAAAUGGAGGACAGACGUGAAGACAAUCCGGGAGCCAACAGGGUGGAUUAUUACAUCGAUCGGUUAUACAUAAAUGCAGAUUUUAAAAAUCAAAAUCCUUUCAUUAGGGAGGAGUACCUGAGGGAGAACAAUAUCCAGUUAGUUCCCCUGAGCGAAAAUUUCACAUGUCUGUUAACAGCAUAUGUGAAACUAAUUGAUAAUAUGAGACUCAUCAUUUAUCUACCCUUCUGGUUUCGGCAGUUCGAUUUGCUUUCUAGUGUUAAUACCUUUGUUGCUGGAAUGCAGAUUGCCCCCAGGUACAUGGAAGACAUGAUUAAUGAGUAUUUAUUUUAUUAUGAUGUAGUUACCGAGAAGGGGGUUGAGAUGAUGGACGACCCCCAAAUGGGGAGACCCACCGAGGGGGGCCCAGCUUGUUGA